AUAUUUAGUAUGUCAAUUACUUUAACAGCAACCAUUCUAAAGUAAAGCAAACUAAAUACGGAUAUAACAAUGAAGCUGUUGAUGUUGAUGUUUGGUGCAGUGUUCGUGGGGCAUGCUUUUGCUGUCCCUUCCUGGCUCAGGUUAAGAGACAAGGACAACACAAAUGUUCCUAUUGCUGCCAAUCAGGUACCCGCUGCCGAAUUUGCAAGCUGCCUGCAACAAGCUCGAUGGGGGCGCUGCGAAUUUUAUGAUUGCUUGGAGCGAAGAUUCCCAUGCGGUGCACGUGGAUACACGCGGAAAAUUAGCAAACACUUUUGCUCCAAGAUUGAUGCGAACUACGACUCGUUUGACGAAUUUGGUAAGCAGUGGUUGAAUCAAACCAGCAUUUGCCUCGUCGGUCACAUGCAACCAAUAUACGAGUCAUCUUCCACCUCAUGCUUGGACAUAAAAAUCGCUGGUAUCAACGCUAUUCUGGACUGCAAUGAAGGUGAAGUGGACGGCAAGGAUUUCUGCGACUUCUUGGACACAAACGGCGAUGCAUACACCUCACUGAUGGGAAUGGAGGAAGCGCGACUUCUCAUCGGCCUGCGUGACACAAGGGUGUUCUCCAGCAUUAUAUCGGGUGCCAUCUCCUGUGGAGUGGAAAGCCUGAGGGAGACUGCCAGCUCCUUCUCGACCAGCGCCUUCGCCAAUAGUGUGAACGGCUUCUUUAACCGCAUAUCCAGCUAUAUCUGGAACUGAUGACACAAUGCUGAUGUAUUUAAAUGACGAAAUAUAGGUCAAUAACUUGCGGGCGUUUCUACAAUUUUUUAUAACAUUACCUACGCUUCAGGAGUGAAAUAACGUAAUGCUAAAUUUUGUUUAUUACACGGGUGUUUUUACACUACUUAUAUAACUGUGAAAUUACGCCUUUUUUUAACGAAAUGACGUCAUUAUUCCAGCAAAUUUCUUCAGUUAAACUCUUUUACAAUGUGAAUAUACGGUGAAAAGAGCUUAAAAUAAAUAAGAAAAUGUGUUGGUCAUAUUAUAAAUAGAAUCUUAGAUUCGUGGUCAUUUUGUUGUCAAUUUAUUAAACUCGUCAUCUUAAUAAAGAUAAAAACUCGACAAGCCUCGUAUUUAUCUUUAUUUUGAUGACUUGUUUAAUAAAUUCAAUACAAAACGACCACUCAUGCAAGAUCCUAUAUAUAUUGAAUCUAUAAAAAAAAACAGUAACAAUAAAGGAGUCAACAUAUAGAAUUUAAUGUUAAUAAAAACCAAUAAAAAUUCAAAAAAAGAAAAACGAUAAAUAUAUCUCUAAAAAUUAAUUGUUGAUUGUAUCACAUUAUUUGUAACAAAUAAAUUUAAUAAUAGUUUAAA